ACCGACAGAAUCAGUCAAGUCCAGACUCCGCGGUCUGUCACGUCACGCCAGACUGUCCGGACUCUGGAAUCAGACCUCGUCUAGGACACGGGGGCCGCCCUGUGCACGUUCCAUACCCCAUGGUGCCCCGCUUGCACGACAUAAAAGCACUCCACACACCACUGGAGUCCGGGGCAAUUGAUAUGAUAUGUAUUACCGCAUGAUUAUCUACUCACCCUGGUGGAUUCAACAUGAACAAUAACUCAGCCUGGAUCGACGGGGUCGACUACUCGAUCAUCGACGCAAGCCAGCGAUGGCGCAUGCUCAAGUCGCAGAAGCGCUUCUUCUUCUGGUGCCUCUGGGUCUCCAGCGGAGUCGUCAUGCAGGGCUUCGACAUCGUGGCCGGAGGCCAACUCGCCGCACUACCGGAAUUCCAAAAACAAUUCGGACGUCUGCAGCCGGACGGCUCGCACGUUAUCCCCGCUCGCUACCUCUCUGCGUGGAACUCCAUUGCGCCAGCGUGCGAGAUCGCGUCGACCUUUAUCUAUGCCCCGUUGCUGGAGAAAUAUGGGCGAAAGCCGGGUAUCUUGGCUGCGUCGGCGAUCUCGGUUGCGGGCGUGCUUCUCCAGCAGUUGGCGACGGAUUGGCGGGUUCAUCUAGCUGGAAGGGGCGUUAAUGGAAUUGCGAUCGGAAUCAUGUUUACCAUCUCGCCGCUGUGGAUUGGCGAGACGUGUCGGCCGGAGCUGAGAGGGUUCUUUCUCUGCUUCUUCAACACGAGUAUUGUCUUUGGGCAGUUUGCCAUCGCCGCGGUGUCUAGGGGAAGCAGCUAUCUCGAUGGGAAAUGGCAAUGGUGGCUCCCAGUAGUCGGCAUGUACAUCUUCCCCGCAAUCCUGACAGCGGGCUGGUUCUUCUUCCCCGAGUCCCCUUACUGGCUCGUCCGCCACGGCAAGACCACCGCCGCCCGCAAAGCCCUAAAGCGCGUCUACGGCUUCCAAAACGACGCCUUUUACAGCGUCGAGGUCCGCCGGAUGGAAUCCGAAAACGAGCAGGCCAUGGCCAUCCAGGGCAGUCUCGCGCAAGAGGAUACCACCGGACGCCGACGCACGUUCGCGGGGCUCAACCUCGCCGCCGAAGCCGAGUGCUUCAACCGCAUGAACCGCAAGCGCACGCUGACGGCCAUCUUCGCCGCGAGCGGGCAGCAGAUGAUCGGCGCGACCUUUGUCAUCGGGUACGCGACCUACUUCCUCGACCUGAUCGGGGUCAAGGAUUACUUUGACGCGUCGAUCGUCCUGUACGUGGUGAUGCUGCUCGCGAGCAUCGCGGCCUUCCCGCUGACGGAGAUCAUCGGACGCCGCACGAUGAUCGUCAAGCCGCAGUUUGUUCUCUGCGUCAUGCUCCUGCUGAUCGGCAUCCUGGGAUGCGUUCCGGAUCAGGGGAAAGCGAGUUGGGCGAUUAUUGUCUUCAUUUAUGUGUGGGCGAUUAUUUACCAGCUGUCCAUUGGCGCUGUGGGAUUUGUGCUCGCGUCGGAGAUUGCGACAGUCAGGCUGCGGAGUACUACGCAGGGGCUGGUCACCAUCACCAAUGCGGCCUGGGGGCUUGUCAUGCAGUUUACCAUUCCGUACAUGAUCAAUCCCGACGCAGGCAAUCUCGGCGGCAAGGUCGGGUUCAUCUUCCUGGGGACGGGGCUAAUCGCAGCCAUUGGAGGGUGGUUCCUGUAUCCAGAGACCAAGGGCGUCUCCUUUGAGACAAUGGACGAGCUGUACGCGAGCGGUGCUUCUCCUCGACAUUUUAGGGCAGCGAGUGAGCAGGUACGAGCAAAUCUCCAGACCCCCAAGACAGAGGCACCGAUCCAUUUGGAGGAGGUGGCCGUUUGAGGCGCUGAAGUUGGUGGAUGUCUCGAUGGCUGCCUUUGCUUGGGUUCUCUUGGGGUCGAGUUUGAUUUGACUAGGGUGUGCAGCUGUGAGGCGCUGAAGUUCUGGUUAUCGAGGGGUGGCUGUGGCAAUAUUGAGGGCAGAUAAAUGAUGCAAGGUCCGCACAGGUAGAAAUCAUUGAAGAAGAACGAAUUGCUGGGCAUAAUUAGGCUGUACGCAGAACAGGCCGGGUUAUAGUCGUGCUGGCCGUAGAUCAAGUACCUUGCGUAACGUAUACUUUUCUGGUCAGUGCAAACGAGAUCUUUUCACUGGCUUAGUACGAAUAUUGGAACUCUAUAGUAACGUUUGAUAUAUGGCAUAGUGGCCCAGUUUUCCGGUUGUCUC